CUCGGCCCGCUGCUCCACACCCUGGAGGACCCCGCCGCCCCGCCGGGAGAGCUGACGGACGCGCACCUCACCAUCGUCAGUCGCUUGACUGGUGAAGGAGGCAAAGCAUUCACUGCAGAAAUCAGGAAACACUUCCCUCAACUCUGCAAAGUGUUUAAGGCACACAUUUCGAGUCCAAACUUGGAGCUCAGUAAUGCAGCAUUGCAGGCAGUGGGGUUCUGCACUUUUAAUUCAAAUAACACAGCUGAAUUAUCUGCCACAGAGACCCAGGACCUGCUGUCAACAGUGAACAGUGUUGCUGUAAAAUCCUCAGACAAGAACACUCGCACUCGGGCACUUUGGGUCAUCUCUAAGCAGUCAUUUCCUCCAGAAAUUGUUAAAAAGGAGGUGUCCAACAUCCUUUCUACCCUGGAAACAAUCCUGACUAAAGGAGAAGUACAAUCUGUUGUGGUKGAAUAUGAAGCACUUAAUGUCAUUAUACGCUUAAUGGARCAAACUCCAGCCCAGAUGGGAGAAGAGGCUGUGAGGUGGGCCAAGCUGAUCAUCCCUCUGGUUGUCCACUCUGCUCACAAAGUGCAGUUAAGAGGUGCCACUGCCCUGGAGAUGGGAAUGCCACUGCUCCUGCAGAAACAGCAGGAGGUGGCUGCUGUCACCGAGCACCUGAUGACCACAAAAUUAAUUUCCGAACUUCAGAAAUURUUUUCUACAAAAAACGAGACCUUCGUGUUAAAGCUGUGGCCCCUGUUUGUCAGAUUGCUUGGCAAGACUUUGCAUCGAAGUGGCAGCUUCAUCAAUUCCCUGCUGCAGUUGGAGGAGCUGGGAUUCAGGAGUGGCUCCCCUGUGGUGAAGAAAAUUGCCUUCAUUGCAUGGAAGAGCCUCAUUGAUAAUUUUGCUCUAAAUCCAGACAUCCUGUGCAGUGCUAAGAGGCUGAAACUGCUGAUGCAGCCACUGAGCUCCAUCCAUGUGAGGACAGAGGCUCUGGCACUGACCAAGCUGGAGGUGUGGUGGUAUUUGCUGAUGAGACUGGGACCUCACCUGCCUUCAAACUUUGAGCAGGUUUGUGUCCCGUUAAUCCAGAGCACCCUGAGCCUGGAUCCUGCUGCAUUCCCAGGAACUCCCACUCGCCUGCCAAACACCCCCAGCCUGGGCCCAACAACCCCUGGGCAGAAAUCAGGUGCCCAGCUGUUUGUGAGCCCAGCCACACCCAGGAUGGCCCUGAACAGCAGUGGAGCAGGAGCAGGAGCAGUGCUCUUCCCUUCCAUCCAACUCCUGGGCAUUGAAAUGCUGCUCCACUUCUUCAUGGGACCAGCAGUUGUUGAUUUUGCUAAGCAAAACAAACUUGUGCUCAGUUUAGAGCCUCUCCAGUACCCACUGAUCAGUAGCCCUUCUUUUUUUUGUAAACAUGCCAGCACUCUGAUCAAUGCUGUUCAGGAUGGCUUUAUUGCAGUUGGAAAAGAAGUUCCUGAUUGCUUGCUCCAUGCUAUCUGGAAGGACAUAAAUGGAUAUGUAAAAACAGCAAUUGAAGCAGGCAAUAAGAAAGAAAAGCAAGGCUCAGAAAUACUGACCAUGUUACUGCAGGCCUUAAAAAACAUUGUGGCAUCAAAUUCUCUUCCUGUGCAGAAAAUCCUGUCCCUCAUUGAUAUCACUGUCAAGGAGCUGCCUCCAAAAGUAUUGGGAUCACCAGCUUAUCAGGUUGCUGAUAUGGAUCUUUUAAAUGGAACUCCAGCUCUGUUCUUAAUCCAGCUGCCUUUCCACAAUAACCUCUUGGACUCCUGUGUGACAGAUGAAAGAUUCUUUGUGAUUCUGGAAACCCUGGUGGGUUUUGUGCUGUCUGGGCCCACCUCUGCCCUGGCUUUCAGUGAAUCUGUGCUCAAUGUUGUUGAUCAGAAUGCCAAGCAAGUGGAGAACAAGGAGCAYCUCUGGAGGAUGUGGAGUAUUGUUGUUAAUCCUCUGACUGAGUGGAUUAAUCAGACUAACGAGGUGAACCAGGGGGAUGCCCUGGAGCACAACUUCAGUGCUGUGUACAGUGCUUUGCUGCUGCCAGUAUCCCACAUUUUCCCCACUCAGGGAUUCCCACAGGCAACUCUGAAAUCCUUGUUGCGCACGUGGUCGGACCUGUACCGAGCUUUCGCUCGCUGCUCUGCUCUGGUUGCAACAGCAGAAGAAAAUCUGUGCUGUGAGGAGCUGUGUGCCAAAAUAAUAGCUGGGCUAGAAGGUGAAACUCCAGUAAUGUUUCCCAUGCUGGAAGGUCUCACCCACGUUGUGUCAGUCAUGGUUGACUGCAUCAAUUUUGCACCCUAUGGAACAAAAUUCCAGCCCAAAACCAGAUCUCCUCAGACUCCCACAGACUGGGCUAAGAAGAAAAAGGAGCCCCUUGGCAAGCUGACCUCUCUCUUCAAACUCCUGCUGAUGCUGCUGAACUCUUUCCACGAGUUCAGCUCCAAAGAAAUCCCUUUGGAGCCUCUGAUGUCAGUGGGACCUCCCCUUCUGGCUGCUCUCCACACCAUCAUCAGCCACAUCUCUCUGCCAUCCAUCAUUGGCACCACCUUUGCAAUUUUUUCCAAGCCCUUGGCAGAGUUCUAUGAAAAAACCAAGCUCCCUGAGGUACCCAAAGUCUACAGCAAUCUCAAYCCCAAGCUGGAGAAGCUGCUGGCAGAGAUCCUGCAGUGCCUGCAGUGUCACUGCCCAGGCUCGUGUGACACUGAGCUCCUGGAGCAGCUCAGCCCCGUGCUGUGYGUGGCUUUCCAGCACAGGAACAARCAGCUCCGCCAGCAGAGUGCCCAAUUCUGGAAUUCCACCUUUGCCAAGGCCUCCUCACUCACCUAUCCUGAGCAAUUAAAGUCUGUAUUAAGCCAAGUCAAAAAGAAAAUCCCUCUGCUGCUGCCUGGYUUUGAAAGCAUUGAGAUAUCUGAGGAGUGCAGUGGUCCCUUCUCUGACACAAUGGAGAAUUCCCAGCUGGAUGCAAARAUCAGUGGAAUGGAGGUGAAGGUGGGACAAAAACGAGAUUCAAUAUUGGCACAGACAAAUGAACAAAAAAAUGAUGGGAAAGACAAGUCCAGCAACGUGCAAGUAACCCCUGCAAAGUUGAAACUGGAAUUUUCAUCUGCCAAGACURCAAGUGACACACUUUUGGAAGAGGAGAAAUCUGUUGAUUUUGUGUUUAUUCCUCCAGAAACAAAAGCAAGAAUAUUGACAGAGCAUCAAAAAGAAGUGCUGAGGUCAAAGAGAGUGGAUAUUCCUGCCAUGUACAACAAUUUGGAUGCAUCACAGGACACCACCUCCUUUUCCCAGUACACUCAAAGCCAGGAAGAUUCUUUGGAAGUGCCACCUGCAGUGGAAAAUGCCAAGGAAGACACUGCAGCCAAGCCUCAGGAGGAAAAUKCAGAMAGUGAAGGARGUCACCCCGAGGAGAGCCYAGCCUGCAACAGCGAGGAGGAGUCMAAAAAUGAGCCAGCUGAGAUGAUCCCAGCAGAAACAUCCACUGGAGAGGGGUCAGAGAUGAGUUCUGUGGAAGCAGCUUCCAAGGAGRGCUCAGCAGGGAAGGAGAACACCUCAAAUGGCAGCAGUGGCUCAGCUUCCAGCGACAUCAUCUCAGGCACCCCCCAGCCCGUGAGCCGGCGCCAGUCCUUCAUCACCCUGGAGAAAUUUGGGGCUGCUGAGAACAGACCCUUCAGCCCAGCCCCSUUAAACUCUGUCUUGGAGGUGUCUGGGGCAGCCACGCCAGAGAGCAGCAGUGACAGCAAAGCCAGUGCUAAAGCAGAGAAAUGUGGAGAGGAAAAUAAAAAUGCUCCCAAAGCCGAGCCUGAGGCGGGCUCUGCCWCCAUCCGCAGGGUGACACGGCGCCAGAGCAGGAUGGAGCUGCAGGGGAACAAAUCCAAACUCCAGGGCAGGACAGAGGAGUCCCCUGCUCCUGACAGUGUGGAGAGCAGCACUGAGCCAGGCCCUGCUGGAGAGGAUGUGGAGAACACCCUGCCAAGCCCAUCCCAAGCUCAACACUCCAUGGAAUCAGACAGCAGGAAAGCUGAGGAUGAGAACACCGAGAUGGAAAAGGCUCUGGACACGGAUUUGAAGGAGAACACCCCCCCAAGCAGCAGCAGCAGCCCCCCAGAGCAGCCCCCAGCAGAGGACAGCCCGGUGGCACCCGUGUCCCCUCAGCACAAAGUGCUCCGCCGCUCCUCCAGGAGACGUUCUGAGACCGUGGAGAGCUCCUCGGGCAGCCAGGACAGGGAGGAUGGGCCCCCAAAGAGAGACAGGAGGAAAGAGGAUGAGAAAACUGGGCAGAAGAAACAGUCACAGGGUAAAGAUGAUGGGGCCCAAAAGCAGAAAGGAAUUUCAGGGAAAACGACAGAAAAUACAAAAGAAAGCAGCCAAGCUGAGAGAGUGGCAGAGGACUUGAGCUGCAGGGACUCUCCUGCUGCCAGGGGCCUGGAUGAGGAGGGGAGCAGAGGGGGAAGGAGGGCAGAGGAUUCCCCCAGGGCUGAGGGGGAAGCUCAGGACAGCCUGAGCUCAGUGGGACAGAAAGUGGUGGAGCGCCCUCGGUACCACACCCGCAGAGCUUCCCAGGGUUUGCUGUCCAGCAUAGAGAACUCRGAGGCUGACAGCUCUGAGGGCAAGGAGGAAAGCACAAAGAAGAAAAAACACAUGAAAGGGAGGAGCAGAAGUGAUUCUCUUGAAGGGAAAUUGAAAUCAGAGGCGCAGCCAGAGAGCCACAGCCAGGAGGUGUCACCUCAGGGAAACGAAAAUAAGAAUUCACAGGAAGAGACUAAAGGUGAGCCUGAAAUCAGCUCUGGUGCUGCAGUGACAGCUGAGCCGUGUGGCCUGGAAAAGCAGACAAUUCCUGCAGCUGCUGGAGAGACUGKGGGACCUGGCAGCUCUGAGAAUGCUGGUGCUGCCCUGGAGAACAGCGUGGAGCWCAAGGGUGAUGCUUCCAUGGAGUCCCUGGGCAGCCCCUGCAUGUCUGAGCAGGAGGGGAGGGCAGCACAGGAACAGGAGGAGAAGCAAACCAGCACGGGGGAUUGGGCACCAGGAACCAGCAUUUCUGGGGCUGAGUCCUCCCAUCUGCAAAGCCCUGAGUGUCAAAACAAGAGAAGCAAAAGGGUGAAGAAAAUCAAGAGCUGYGAUUGCUGCUUUAAAAAGCCAAAGCAGCAGGUAACAGAAUCAAAGCUGAGUGAAGUUAAAAAUGAGAAAUCAGAGCCAGAGGAGCCCCAGAGCACCCCAGUGCAGACUCCUGGGAAUGUGUCUGGGAACUCAGAUCUGGAGGAGAGCUUGGCCCUGGCUCCCUGUGCAAUGAGCACCCCACUGCCCCCUCCAAAGGAAUCCCUCAGCUUGGAAGGGCAGGGAAUGGCUCUGGAUAACCUGCAGGRRAGCACUGGGGRGGAGGAGGAGAACACMGAGUGUGCAGCAGRGGAAASCACAGAGYCCAUGGAGGAWAUCAAGGAACCUGCUGAGCAGAAGGAGCAAACAGAGCAGGUUCUGCCUGACAGCAUUCCAGAAGAGCCCCUGGAGAGCUGCCUGGACACRGGGAACCAGCAGGAAGAACCAGCAACUGCAGAGAAGGAAGAAAUCAGUCAAAAUGGACAACUGGAAGAGGUGCCUGAGGAACUGAGUGUUGACAGCAAAGCUGAGGAAAAAGAGAUUGAGGARCCAGAAGGAAAUGAGGAGGAGAAAGAAGAAGCUGAGGACGCUGCAGGAGAAAGUUGUGAUGUUGCAGAUAAAGAAAUGGAGGAGGAAUUAGAGGAAACUGAGACCAAAGUGCCUGAAGAUGCAGCUUUGGGGAGCGUGAGUGCAGAUUCCCCGCUGAAGGCAGUGGGGGAAUCCUCUGUGCAGGUGACUGAGAGCCCCACCAGCCUUGGGACCCGUACCUGGUCCCCCUUGGCMUCCCCAUCCACCAGCAUUCUCAAGAGAGGGGUCAAGAGGAGCCAGGAGGAUGAUUCCCUGUCCCCUGCUAACAAGAUCCGUCGGGUCUCCUUUGCAAAYCCCAUCUUCCAGGAGGGCCUGGCAGAUGACAUCGACAGGAGGAGUCCUGUGGUCAGAUCCCACUCCUCACCCUCRUCCAGAAGUCUUAAAAUCCUCUCCAACAUGCAGGUCAAGCACAUUACCACUCCAACCAAAGGAUUUCUGUCCCCUGGAUCUCGUACCCUUAAAUUUAAGAGCUCAAAGAAGUGUUUAAUCACAGAGAUGGCCAAGGAAUCUCUGCCMUGCCCCACGGAAUUUGUGUAUCCUGCCUUGGCUGGCUGCAAAGCCCCUGUGGAUGUCAUUUUACCUCAGAUCACAUCCAACAUCUGUGCCAGGGGCUUGGGGCAGCUCAUCCGAGCCAAGAACAUCAAAACUGUGGGAGACCUGAGCACCCUGACAGCUCUGGAAAUCAAAACUCUGCCCAUCCGCUCCCCYAAAGUCUCCAAUGUCAAAAGAGCUCUGAAGGGAUACCAUGAACAGCAGGUAAAAUCUCGAGCGUUGGAGGAAAACGUGGUGCUGGAAGAUGCCGAAAAGCCUGGAAAUGACGUGGAGGAUAAAUCUCUUUGUGGAGAUGAAGAAAAACUUGCAACAGAUCUGGCCGAGGCAGCCCCGGGCAGCAGCGAGCAGCCCCCGGCCGAUCUCCCGGGGCAGAUCCAGGCUCUGGCAGCCCAGCUGAGCUCAGAGGAUCUCCAUUCCUACUCUGGGCAGCAGCUUUUCCAGAUGCAGGAGCACUUGGCCACCAUGGCCUCGUGCAUCCUGCGCAAUCUGCAGUCACGUUGGCUCUCCCCACCCCAUCCGGGCCCGGAGUAGCUGCUACUCACAACUCCGUAAGGACCAUGUGCUUACAACACCUUUCCUCCCACUUGUUUGCCUUCCUGCUGAUUUACUCCUUAAACUCUGCAUUUUGUGGUUUUUUAACACCUACAUAAAUUUAUUGUGGGUUU